AUGCCGACCGCUCGAUACUUCGCUCAGGCUCCCCCCUUUCCGGCUAAUACACCGACCAUUAACCUUCCCAUUUUCACAUUUUCUCGACUACAGUCUGGCAACCCAAUCGAAGCAGAGAAAUUAUUUGCCGCCUGCCGCGAAUGGGGGUUCUUCCUUCUCGACCUACACGACUCCGCAGACGGCAGGACUCUCCUUCACGAUGCAGAAUCUAUGUUCGAUCUCGAUACCGAACUCUUCUCGCUCGACCAGUCAACACUCGACCAAUACGCCUACAACGCGCCCAAAGACUUAACAGGCUAUAAACGGAUGGGCGCACUAAAAACCGACGACGGCAAGCUCGAUCACAUGCACCUCUACUCCAUAAACCAGGACGAUAUCUUGGGUAACCGUCCUCCCCGCACCAACGCGCCCCCGAUCGAGGCGCACAGACCCCAGAUCCAGGCGUUCAUCCGCCACGCUUCGUCGGCCUUGGAUGUAAUUCUUACAACCUUGGACAAGCAGCUUGGCCUCGAGCGCGAUACACUAAGCAAACUUGGUCCACUGGAUCACGAGUCCGAGACCUCUGUCCGCUUGCUAUGCAGUCCUCCCCACACAUCCGGUGAUGCGGAACGCGAUCGCAUCUCGUUAGGCGGACACACGGAUAUCGGCACAUUGACGCUGCUAUUCCACGUUAUCGGUGGCCUGCAGAUCCUCCCCGCGGGGCUCGAGAAUAAUAUGGAGAAUUGGCGUUUUGUUAAGCCCCUGCCAGGUUGUGCGUUGGUCAAUAUUGGGGAUACGCUGGUUGAAUGGACCGGUCAGCUACUGCGAAGUUCCUUGCAUAGGGUUCUAGCUGCUCCCGGGGAGCAGGCAUUCGUGCCGAGGCGGAGUAUGGCGUAUUUGGUGAGGCCGGCGAAGUCGGCGUCCAUGCGGAGAAUUCGUGGAGGGAAGAUACCGGCGUUAGCUGAGGGAGAAGUGGAGGAAACAAGGCCCGUAGAUGAAUGGGCGGCUUGGAGGUCGAAGCAGAUUAUGUUGGGGUUGUUGAAGCCGCAGACGAGAGGGGGUGUUUUUGAUGUGUAG